AUGACGAUCGCCGCGCAGUCGAAAGCGGAUCGAGCGUCGAAACCAGACUCGCGAGGCUUGAAAACUGAGAGAGGUUCGAAGGCGGAGAGAAGUUCCAAGACAGAGCGAGGGGGGGUGAAGGCGGAGCGAAGCUUGAAGGCGGAGCGAGGCAGGAAGGGCGACGUAGUAGUCGCCCCUCUCCUCCAAUCCACCACCACCAAGGAGGAGCAGCAGCGCAUGCGAACAGCAGCCGAACUAGACGAAUACUCCGAGCCUUCAUUCGACUCCCAAACACCAGUAGGAGGGGAUUUCCAAACAGAAACAGCAGCAGGAGCAGGAGGAGGAAAUUUCCGGGUAGAAAGUGGCUCCCGAGCAGCAGGGGAUUUUUUCGCAGAGGAGGGUAGCGGGAUCCAGUCGCCGUCCAGGCACGGGCUGGUUAGCAGUGCUGACGUUCUUAAGAAUCCCUCAGCUUUUCGGGAGCUUCUGGCGGGGAAACGAGGUUGGUGGGGGGAUGAAGGGGACGGGGAGGACGGGGAAAGGGAGGCGGAUGGGGGGUGGGGAAGCAAGGGGGGAGGUGGGGGAGGAGCUGGGGGGGUAGACGAGCGGCAGGAGAGGGGAAAGACGGCGGAAAGGCAAGGUGGGAAAGUCACCAGGGGCAAAACAGAAAGCGGCUCAGACCACAGCUCCGGUAGCAGCUCCGGAAGCAGGCCCCGGAGCAGGUCUGGUGGUAACCCUGGAGCUGCGGCAGUAGCGGUCACACCCGGGGAUAUCCCAGUGGUGCAGUUCCUGAGAGGGAGGACGGGGUGUGGGCGGGGCCGGUACGCGUUUGAGACGCUGAAGCAGGCGAGAAGGCUGAACUCGCGGGUGAUUCUUAUCGGGCCGAAGGUGUGCAGGAGAGUGCUGGAGGCGGAGGGAGUGGAGGUGGAGGACUAUGAGGAGUACAAAGGGGUAGAAGAGGAGUUUGAAAAGAGCGUUGGAGAAGUCGUGUCGUACCAGGUCCGCUGGUUCAUCAUUCACGAGUUCAUGCGCCGGUGGUCUCUCCCUCGCAUUUUCUACAUGGACUGUGACGUGCUGCUCUUUGCCAAUGUCACCCAGUUUGUGCACUCGCACCUGCCCAACGUGCAGCUGGCCCUAGCAGGGCGCACCCCCACCAUCCACGUGAGGGCAGUGAGUGCGCACGUCUCCCUCUGGUCACAAGAAGCACUGGGAGAUUUCCUCACCUUCUUCCGCCUCUUCUUCCAGCUUGGUGUGGUGGGGGGCACACCGGGGGAUCGAUCCCUACCAGCCCAGCGCACAUACAACGACAUGGUGGUGCUGGGGUGGUAUGCCGCUCCUGUGUGCUGGACUAACACUCCCAAGGACACCAUCCCCAAAGACUGCCUGGCGCCAUCGAUGCGGGUAAUGAGUGCGAGGAUACGAGGCAGGUUCACCCCGGCCUUCAAGGCGGAGUCGCUGUGUGCGCCCAGGCAGUGCGAGGCGAGUGCUUGGAGCGAUGCCGGGUGGUGUGCCUUCGACAACAACUUCUCGCUCACUAUCAACCACACUACAUUUCACUACGAUCCGUUGAAAAUGAAGACCCCUACAUCCAUGCAUUACGAUCAUUUCACUGACUGGAUGGCGGCGCGGAGUGGCCCGGCGUCUGUACUCCUCGUGCUGACCGCGUUGGCAGUUGUACUCGCUAUAGUGUUCCUCCUUUUCGCGGAUGUGAUCCUGAUCGGCAUUUUCAAGCGCUUUCCAGGCCACUCAGCCGAUGGGGGCCUGUCUGCCCUCCAUUCCACGUCAGCAGCAGCCACGUCAGCAGCCAACAUGUCAGUCAUAUCGGAUCUGCUGCAGCAGGAGGAGAUGCGUCAGCAGCGGCUACGUCAGCAGCAGGAAAGGAAUGAGAAGCUUCCUAUAUUGACACUCCUCCUGCUUAAAGCCGGAGAUCCAGCAAUGCAGGCUCGAAAGCAUCGACCCGUCCCUGCCAGCUCAGCAGCGCACAUACAACGACAUGGUGCAGCUGGGGUGGUGUAUGCCAUGGGUGCUGCUUCAUCCCUUCUCACAAUCUCAUUCCCUCCCUCUCAUCAUGCACGCAAGUAUUCCCUCAAUCUCACCCUCCCCGUACAGGAGGCGGUAGCUGGAGGAACCCCAGGCGACCCCUCCCUGCCAGCUCAGCAGCGCACAUACAACGACAUGGUGCAGCUGGGGUGGUAUGCCAGCCCUACCUGCUGGACCUCCCCUCCAGACCAAGCGCCCAAAACGGCACUGCGUGUAACCGGCCCCUGCACUGUGUUCCUUGAGGCACUGCGUGUAACCGGCCCCUGCACUGUGUUCCUUGAGGCACUGUGUGUAACCGGCCCCUGCACUGUGUUCCUUGAGGCACUGCGUGUAACCGGCCCCUGCACUGUGUUCCUUGAGGCACUGUGUGUAACCGGCCCCUGCACUGUGUUCCUUGAGGCACUGUGUGUAACCGGCCCCUGCACUGUGUUCCUUGAGGCACUGUGUGUAACCGGCCCCUGCACUGUGUUCCUUGAGGCACUGCGUGUAACCGGCCCCUGCACUGUGUUCCUUGAGGCACUGUGUGUAACCGGCCCCUGCACUGUGUUCCUUGAGGCACUGUGUGUAACCGGCCCCUGCACUGUGUUCCUUGAGGCACUGCGUGUAACCGGCCCCUGCACUGUGUUCCUUGAGGCACUGUGUGUAACCGGCCCCUGCACUGUGUUCCUUGAGGCACUGUGUGUAACCGGCCCCUGCACUGUGUUCCUUGAGGCACUGUGUGUAACCGGCCCCUGCACUGUGUUCCUUGAGGCACUGUGUGUAACCGGCCCCUGCACUCCGUCUUUCCCCCUCUCCCUUUCUUCCUCUCCCUCCCUGCUGCCAUACAAGGACAUGGUGCAGCUGGGGUGGGGUGGUAUGUGCAAGGACAAGGAACAAUCCCCCCUCCUGCCCAUCGCCUCCAUCGGCAGUGCAAGGACAAGGAACAAUCCCCCCUCCUGCCCAUCGCCUCCAUCGGCACUGCAAGGACAGCAGACCCGGUCAGGGAAACCGGAGCCUCAGGCGGAACAAUCCCCCCAGUACCCGACUUUUGAGGCGCCUCAAAAGACCAACUCCCUUGUCCUUUCCUUCCCUCCUGCCCAUUGCCUCCAUCGGCACUGCAAGGACAAGGAACAAUCCCCCCUCCUGCCCAUCGCCUCCAUCGGCACUGCAAGGACAAGGAACAAUCCCCCCUCCUGCCCAUCGCCUCCAUCGGCAGUGCAAGGACAAGGAACAAUCCCCCCUCCUGCCCAUCGCCUCCAUCGGCACUGCAAGGACAAGGAACAAUCCCCCCUCCUGCCCAUCGCCUCCAUCGGCACUGCAAGGACAAGGAACAAUCCCCCCUCCUGCCCAUCGCCUCCAUCGGCACUGCAAGGACAAGGAACAAUCCCCCCUCCUGCCCAUCGCCUCCAUCGGCACUGCAAGGACAAGGAACAAUCCCCCCUCCUGCCCAUCGCCUCCAUCGGCACUGCAAGGACAAGGAACAAUCCCCCCUCCUGCCCAUCGCCUCCAUCGGCAGUGCAAGGACAAGGAACAAUCCCCCCUCCUGCCCAUCGCCUCCAUCGGCACUGCAAGGACAAGGAACAAUCCCCCCUCCUGCCCAUCGCCUCCAUCGGCACUGCAAGGACAAGGAACAAUCCCCCCUCCUGCCCAUCGCCUCCAUCGGCACUGCAAGGACAAGGAACAAUCCCCCCUCCUGCCCAUCGCCUCCAUCGGCACUGCAAGGACAAGGAACAAUCCCCCCUCCUGCCCAUCGCCUCCAUCGGCACUGCAAGGACAAGGAACAAUCCCCCCUCCUGCCCAUCGCCUCCAUCGGCACUGCAAGGACAAGGAACAAUCCCCCCUCCUGCCCAUCGCCUCCAUCGGCACUGCAAGGACAAGGAACAAUCCCCCCUCCUGCCCAUCGCCUCCAUCGGCACUGCAAGGACAAGGAACAAUCCCCCCUCCUGCCCAUCGCCUCCAUCGGCACUGCAAGGACAAGGAACAAUCCCCCCUCCUGCCCAUCGCCUCCAUCGGCACUGCAAGGACAAGGAACAAUCCCCCCUCCUGCCCAUCGCCUCCAUCGGCACUGCAAGGACAAGGAACAAUCCCCCCUCCUGCCCAUCGCCUCCAUCGGCAGUGCAAGGACAAGGAACAAUCCCCCCUCCUGCCCAUCGCCUCCUGGACAAGGAGGGGCCUCCUGCAGCCCCUCCUGCCCAUCGCCUCCAUCAGCAGUGCAAGGACAGCGGACCCGGUCAGGGGGACCAAGCCGGUCAGGGGGACCGGAGCCGGUCAGGUGGAACAAUCCCCCCGUGCAAGGACAAGGAGAAGUCAGCCCAGUACCCGCUCAUGCACGGCAAGUUCCAGCCAGCCUUCAAGGCGGAGUCGCUGUGUGCGCCCCGGCAGUGCGAGGCGAGUGCGUGGAGCGAUGCCGGGUGGUGUGCCUUCGACAACAACUUCUCUGUUGGCAAGAAGAGAAAGUUUCACUACUGCCCGAGAGAAGGCAUGAAGACACCAACCUCAGUGCGCUACGAGUAUUUCAAGCCGUUUGUGGGUAGGGGGCAGAACAAAGGGGAGGCUGUCCAGUUAUUGGCGGUACACUUUCAGGGCAGGAAGAAAUCACAAUUGAAGGACGACGAUCCCUGUGUUACUUGGGGCUCCAGCAAGGAUUGA